CUCGGCGACGCGGUCCUCGACGGCGCGGGCGGCUUCUCGCCCGUCUACUUCUUCUCCCACGCGGACGCCGCCGUCGCGGCGCCCUUCGUCCGCCUCGAGCUCGCCACUUCGGGCGCGACCCUGACCCUGUCGCCGGACCACUACGUCGACGUCCGCGGCGCGCCCGUCUACGCCAAGGACGUGCGCGUCGGCGACGCGCUCGCGCGCUGGACGGGGGUUGAUUUUGUGGCAGACGUCGUCGCCAACGCGACGAACGUCGUCGCCGAGGGCCUCUACAACCCCUACACGCUCUCCGGGACCAUCGUCGUCGACGGCGUCCUCGCGUCC